AUAGUUAAUAUUUAAACUUUUUUUUUAUAGUUACUACAAUUUUCAAAUCACCAUAUCUCCCAUAUCUUCUAAACCCUUUAUUACCCUUUAAUAGUAUUGUUCAAACACAGAAUCCUCUGCUGUCGGUUAAACAGGAAAAAAAUCCUUUAUAUCAUGUAAGACACACUUAUUAUUCUUGGUAGUUGAUAGGUAAACAAGGUUAAAUAACUUAAAAACUACCCGUUAGGGUUAUUUACAAAUAGAUCUAUAGAUACGUCAUUGCCAUUUUUAGAAUAAUUAUCCGCUAAAUAAUUUUAAACAGAAAAGGGGGAACCUAAUUUGGAAAACGUACAUUUAUAUCUCCAAAGGAGACUCCUUAAGUUAUAGGUACAAUAAAUCUUAAGAAUUCGAAAAUAUCUCUUUUAAGUACAUAUACAAUUUUAAAAUAUCAAAUUUCAAAUAAUAGCAUUGUUGAAAAGAAAAAGGAUGAUAAUACUUGAUGAAUCACCCCUUAUAAUAGUAAUAUAUACUAUAUGUAUACAUACAACUCAAUAGAUUUUAAAAUAAAAUUCAGUCAGUUAGGACUUAUGAUAGUAGGGGUGGCUAAACCACGGUUCCUAUUUAGUAUAGUGCGCGUAGUAGGUAUUAUUUAUUUUCCUGCUCUUCAUAUUAUUUUUUUAUUCUAAUGUGACGCUCACGACUCUACUAUAGCUGGCCACCUCUAUAUUAUAGCAUAAUAUUUUAAUCCUAACAUUAAAAGAACAUAAUAUAUAAGAUAAUUUAGUCAGUAGUGUUAUUAGUAUUAAUUGUAGAUGUACAAAAUAUAAAUAUAAAUUAUUAUUUUACUAACCUAUAUGGUAUAGAAUGCUGGAAUCAGAUCAAAUUUGUUUUGUUUUCAUCUAUGUAAAAAUAUAAGGACUUAAAAAAAUCUGUACAACUGUAGAAAAGCAGAUUGUACUUCGAAAUGAAAGACACGAUCACAUUAAUAGCUAACUAAUAAAUGUGUGAGCCUAUAUAUUAAUUAUUAUGAGAAUUAAAAAAAUCUUUAGAUAAGUAAUUAGGUACUGUAUAUUUCUAUUUAUUUGUUGUUAAUUAGUAUAACAUUAUAUAAUAUGAAAAUUGAAAUGCAGUUAAUAAACAUACUGCACAUUGUAGUAAACCUUAUAGAAAUCUGUGCUUUAUUAUAAAUUUUAUGAUUAUAAUUAUUAUGAUUAUAACUAUUGUUAAUUAUAUUAUUUACACCUAUUAGUUACAUAAUGAAUAUAACCUUUGAAUUACAUAGUACAAAAAUAAAAAAUUAUUUUUAACAACGCUUAUUAUACAUACAUUAUGAACUUUGUUAUCAAUUCAUCAUUCAACAUUAAUACAAUUCCCUGUCUGGGUGUCAAUAAUUCGAUACUACAUCUGCAUGACUAGGUGUCUAUUGUUUAUGUCUUACAAGAUAAUAAGAUAAAAUUAUAACGCAGGUACUUAAACUCAGUAUAGUACCUAAAGAUCAGCAGUAGGUAUCAGUUAUACCACCAAAGCGUACAGAAACUGUUUGAAUUAAUAAUUUUAAAUAUUUGUAUAUUUUUGUAUUACAUUUUAAUUAAAAAUAGUGAAGUUAUAAAUAUAAUAUACUGUUUGAAAACACACUAUUUGACUAAAGAAUUGUUAAAAUGGCAAUUAAGAUUAUUAUCAUUGGAUCUGGAGUUGGUGGUACAGCAGCAGCCGCCAGAUUGAGCAAAAAAGGAUUUCAAGUAGAAGUUUAUGAAAAAAAUUCGUAUAAUGGCGGUAGAUGUUCAAUAAUUAACCACAAUGGACAUCGAUUUGAUCAAGGUCCAUCAUUGUAUCUCAUGCCUAAAAUAUUUGAAGAAACAUUUAAAGACUUAGGAGAGGACCUAAAAGAUCAUGUAGAAAUACUACAGUGUCAAAUUAAUUACUGUAUUAAUUUUCAUGAUGGCCAACAAUUUCAACAUUCGUGUAAUUUAUCUAAAUUACAACGAUCGUUAGAAAAAUUUGAAGGAGAAGGCGAGGAUACUUUAUUGAGAUUUUUCGAUUUUUUGAAAGAAACCCACGUACAUUAUAGAAGAAGCAUUGAGUUGGCAAUGAGAACUGAUUUUCAAAAUUGGUACGAUUUCUUUAAUAUAAAACAUAUACCGACUUUAUUGAAGUUGCAUCUGCAUAGUUCUGUUUACACAAGAGCAUGCAAAUAUUUCAAAAGUGAUCACAUGAGAAAGGCUUUCACAUUCCAGACUAUGUACAUGGGAAUGUCCCCAUACGAUGGAUUGGCCCCGUACAACUUAUUACAAUAUACCGAAAUAGCAGAAGGAAUCUGGUACCCAAAAGGAGGUUUUCAUUCGGUUUUAGAAAGUCUUGAAAAAAUUGCUGUAAAACAUGGAGCAAAGUUCAAUUAUAAUAGCGAUGUCCAAGAAAUAAUAACCGAUGACAAUGGAGUGGCAAAAGGAAUCAAAUUGAUGAACGGUGAUGUGAUAAACAGUGAUAUUGUUAUUUGCAAUGCUGAUGCUGUUUACGCGUAUAACAAGCUUUUGCCAAAAACGUCGUUCGCAGAAAAACUCGGCAAAAAGAAAUUGACUUCGUCGUCGAUAUCGUUUUAUUGGUCGAUUAACCAGGUUAUACCUCAGAUGUCAGUGCAUAAUAUAUUUUUGAGCGAACUGUAUAAACCAAGUUUUGACCAAAUAUUCGAGGACCACACGUUACCAGACGAACCGUCAUUUUAUGUGAACGUACCUAGUCACAUCGAUCCUUCAGCAGCACCAGAAGGUAAAGACACAUUCGUGAUCUUAGUACCUGUGGGGCAUAUAUCAGACAGACCAGAUAUUGAUUUUGAUCAUCUUGUGAAUAGAGCCAGAGAACACGUGAUCGGCGCAAUAGAGAAAAGACUGAAUAUUUCGAACUUCCGAAGUAUGAUCGAACACGAGAUGGUGAAUGACCCGAGAACGUGGCAAAGCGAAUUCAAUUUAUGGAAAGGUUCUGUAUUAGGAUUAUCGCAUUCAUUUUUUCAAAUCGCAUACUUUAGACCAAGUUUGAAAUGUAAAAUAUUCGACAACUUGUAUUUCGUCGGUGCUUCAGUACAGCCCGGUACCGGAGUACCAGUUGUGUUAUGUGGUGCAAAAUUAUUAGAAAAACAAUUGUGUGCUAGGUUCUUGGAGGGAAAAGUUGAAACAAACAUAUGGUCGAAAUACGUUUCAUUUUUAAUCGGCCUUCUAGCACUUCUGAUUUUUUGGUUUUUUUUUAGAUUUUAAUAAUUAACUACAGGUUUCCAUGUAUGUGCGUUAUGUGGGUACAAUUACCAGUGAAAUUAAUCACAUUAUUAAUAUGACUAUAUUAAUAAUUUCGUACUAUUUUGGGCGUUUUGUGGUAUUAAAUGAUGUAUUAAUUUUCAAAAUGUAAUUUAAAAAUGGAAAGUAUACUGAACUGUUAAUUUGUUGAAUUGUAUAAAAAUAAAAUUGUAUUUAAACUCUAAUGGAAAUAAUAAAAU